GGCCAGACCCUCUCUCCUCCUCCUCCUCCUCGCUACACUUCAGAUCCACUUCCUCAUGCAGGCGAAUGCUAGACCCGCAUUCGCCUGCGUAGGCCCCACGAGCGGUCUUCCGUUCUGUAGGGUCAACCUACCGAUAAAAGUGCGCGUUAGAGAUCUUAUUGGUCGUUUACAUACUAAUGAGAAAAUAAGAUUGUUGGUCAAUAAUGCAGCCGGCGUGCCUAGGCUCGGCAUUAACGGGUAUGAAUGGUGGUCGGAGGCAUUGCACGGUGUUUCGAACACGGGUCCCGGAGUUAAAUUCGGGGGUCAGUUUCCGGGUGCAACUAGUUUUCCUCAAGUGAUCACUACUGCGGCUUCGUUUAAUGCUACGUUAUGGGAGCACAUUGGAAGAGUGGUCUCGGACGAGGCAAGAGCGAUGUACAACGGGGGCCAAGGCGGUCUGACCUACUGGAGCCCAAACGUGAACAUAUUCAGGGACCCACGGUGGGGGCGGGGCCACCGUACGGUGGAGAGUGGGUAUCAUAAGCUUAAGCUGGCUGCAUGUUGCAAGCAUUACACCGCCUAUGAUCUUGACAACUGGCAGGGUGUUGAUAGAUUCCAUUUCAAUGCUAAGGUGAGCAAGCAGGAUCUAGAGGAUACGUUUAAUGUUCCCUUCAAGGCUUGUGUCCAGGAGGGGAAAGUGGCCAGCAUAAUGUGCUCCUACAACCAAGUGAACGGCGUUCCGACCUGUGCCGACCCUAACCUCCUCCGCAACACGAUUCGCGGCGAAUGGGGCCUCGACGGGUACAUCGUCUCCGACUGUGAUUCCGUCGGGGUCUUCUUCAACUCGCAACACUACACUAAAACGCCGGAAGAUGCAGCUGCAGGGGCAAUUAAAGCAGGUUUGGAUUUGGACUGUGGGCCUUUCCUAGCCCAAUACACCCAAGGGGCCCUAAACCAACGUAAAAUAAGCGAGGCCGACGUCGACAAUGCGCUUGCGAACACCCUCACGGUCCAGAUGAGGCUCGGAAUGUUUGACGGAGAGCCCUCAAAGCAGCCCUUCGGAAACCUCGGCCCACGAGACGUGUGCACCCCGGCCCAUAAAAACCUCGCCCUCGAAGCCGCGCGUCAAGGAAUCGUACUGCUGAAGAACGAUCGUCGAUCUCUUCCCCUCUCUCCCUCUCGCCUUCGUCACGUCGCAGUCAUCGGGCCUAACGCCGACGUUACAGCGACGAUGAUCGGAAACUAUGCUGGUGUCCCCUGUGGCUACACGAGCCCGCUUGAGGGCAUUGGAAAAUACGUGCGGACCAACCACCAAGCCGGAUGCACUGACGUCUUUGUGGCGGCAGUCGAACCCAUCGACGCUGCCGGUGACUGCCAGCUCGCCAGUCAGAUGCGACGGUUUCUGUGGUCGGGCUGCGACCAGUCGAUUGAGGCCGAGAUGGUGGAUCGAGCCACCCUCCUCCUACCGGGCCGACAGCAAGAGUUGGUGACCAAGGUCGCGGCGGCCUCCAGCCCAACCAUCUUGGUACUGGUCUCCGGCCGGGCCAUUGACAUCUCUUUUGCGAAAUAAUAACCGAGAAUUGGGGCCACUUGGGCCGGAUACCCGGGCCAAGCUGGUGGGCUGGCUAUUGCGGACGUUCUCUUCGGUGCCCACAAUCCAGGAGGAAAGCUCCCAGUGACAUGGUACCCAGAGGAAUUCAUUCAGAAGGUGGCCAUGACUGACAUGAGCAUGCGGGCCGACGCGGGCCGUGCGGGCCGUAACUAUCCGGGUCGGACCUACCGUUUUUACAAAGGCCCGGUAGUUUACCCGUACGGUCACGGUCUGAGCUACACCAAGUUCUCUCAGGCGAUAGCCCAAGCUCCGGCCCAACUUACCGUUCAGCUCGAUGGCCGUCGGGCUGCUGCCGUCUUAAACUCGACCGGACCGAACCGGGCGGUGCGGGUCAGCCACUUGGCAUGCGACAGCUUGUCCGUACUGGUACACGUGGACGUCAGGAACGAGGGAGAUAUGGACGGGGCCCACACGGUGAUGGUGUACUCGAGCCCACCGGAAGGACACCUGGCCCCGCAGAAGCAGCUCAUUGCUUUCGAGAAGGUACACGUGGCGGCCGGCGGGCAAGCGAGAGUGGUGUUUGGUGUUGACGUUUGUAGGGAUCUUAGCUUCGCUGACGUGUACGGGAUCCGAAGGGUUCCGAUUGGUGAUCACGGCCUCGAAAUCGGGGGUUUGAGUCACUCGCUAUCUUUGAAAGCGGAGACAAAGCGCUAAACUUGGGGGGGCAAUAUGACGAAUUUGCCCUCACACAACUCAGGAAGUGACGACUGGGUACUCGAUCACAAGGUCGAAGGUUUAUUAAGUAGGUAGAUGUAGAAAAAAAAAAACAGAAAGCGCGUUUGUUUUUAGGAAACGAAAAUUUCAGAAUUGUUUACGAUUCACGCUCUAAAAGGAAUAGGGCAAGUAUUCAAUUCAAAAGAAAUUGUGUGUUUUUUAAUUGAAAUGGGGAACAAUUAAUGUCUCCAUAUAAAUAAAGUUUUAGGGGGUGUUGCAUAAGAUUAUCUUUGUAAUUAAGGGAAGGAUUACUGUCUCUUUCUAAAAGCAACUUUAUAAGGUAAAAAAGAAAGGUUUGGAGUUCA